CGCGUGGGAGACCGGGCGUUCCCGGGAAGAGAGGGCGCAGAAAGACCCGGAAGUCUGCCCUCCAGGUGCUGGGGCGCAGGAGUACGCCCCGCUCUGACGCGGCGCUUGGUUGAGAUCCUCUGCCCCUUCCGGCUGGACGAAGAUGGUCAACGUCCUGAAAGGCGUGCUCAUAGAAUGCGAUCCUGCCAUGAAGCAGUUUUUGCUGUACUUGGAUGAAUCCAAUGCCCUAGGGAAGAAGUUCAUCAUUCAAGACAUUGAUGACACCCAUGUCUUCGUAAUAGCAGAGUUGGUUAACGUCCUCCAGGAGCGAGUAGGUGAAUUAAUGGACCAAAAUGCCUUUUCUCUUACCCAGAAGUGAAAAUAAAGAUACUGAUCACUUGGGAAUUGCAAGCAACAGUGUGAAGGACUGUCCCCACCCAGUGUUUUAUGUGACUGAUUAGACAUGAGGCAAGUGCUGCAGAAAAGACCAUGGGAUCAUUUAUUCAGGAAAAAGCCCUGAGCUGAUUUGUUUUACACUAGAAUUAAAAAAACAAAAA